UCAAUGGAGCCCCGGAUCCCCCACAACAUCACCGUCGUCCCCAACUCUGUGAUGGUCCAGCCCUUGCUGGACAGUCGGAUCCCCUACGGGCGGCUGCAGCACCCGCUCACCAUCCUGCCCAUCGACCAAAUGAAGACGACUCACAUCGAGAACGACUACACCGACAACCCCACCGCUUCCCAGCUGGCAGCCCAGAAGCAUCCCCGAGCCCCCCACGAACUGGUCUUGACCAACCAGCACCUGCAGCGCUGCGAGCAGGAUGUCACCCACCCCUGGAUUUCGUUCAGCGGGCGCCCCAGCUCCAUCAGCAGCAGCAGGCGGACGCCCCCACCCAAGGCGAUUAACUGCAAACCUCUGGACCUGAAGGGACCGGUGUCUCAGGAACUGGACAAGCACUUUCUGCUGUGCGAAGCCUGUGGGAAGUGUAAGUGUAAGGAGUGCGCGCUGCCCCGGACUCUGCCGUCAUGCUGGGUGUGCAACCAAGGGUGCCUCUGCUCGGCGCAGAACCUGGUCAACUACUCCACCUGCAUGUGUCUCGUCAAGGGCGUCUUCUACCACUGCACCAACGAGGACGACGAGGGCACGUGUGCCGACCACCCCUGCUCCUGCUCCCACUCAAACUGCUGCGCCCGCUGGUCCUUCAUGGGUGCCCUCUCCCUGGUGCUCCCUUGCUUGCUCUGCUACCUGCCAGCCACCGGCUGCGUCAAGCUCUCCCAGCGGUGCUACGACCAAGUGAGCCGGCCCGGAUGCAGAUGCAAAAACACAAACAGUGUCAUCUGCAAGGCGUUGCCAGAGAGCAAAGGAAACAGGCCAGAAAAGCCCUUUUGAUAGUUUGGGAGGACGGGGA